UAUGCAUUCCUGUAUUGGAAAGGUAUAUUUUUGAAGUGUCUCCUUUUACACGCAUUUAUUACCAUUUUUAUUACAGUCCAUAUAUAUGUGAAUAUUUAUCACUGAUUGUUUUUAACUUUUUGUUUUGAAAUAAUUUCAAACUUAAAGAAAAGUUGCAGGAAUCAUGCAGAGAACUCUCAUACACCCUUUACGUAGAUUCACUGAGGUUCUGAACAUUUCCACAUUUGUUUUAUUUUUUUUCUUUCUCUCUUGUACAUACAUACUUAUUUUUUCCUGAACCAUUCACAAGUAGGUUGCACAUACCAUGCCCCAUUAAUAUUUAUUUUAUUCUAUUUUAUUUUGUUUUGAGACAGGGUCUCGCUUUGUCACCUGGGUUGGAGUGCAGUAGUGUGAUCUCGGCUCACUGCAACCUCUGCCUCCCAGAUUCAAGUGAUUCUUGUACCUCAGCCUGCUGAGUAGCUGGGAUUACAGGCACGUGCUACCACUCUUGGCUAAUUUUUUUGUGUUUGUAGUAGAGACGGGGUUUUGCCAUGUUGGCCAGACUGGUCUCAAACUUCUGACCUCAAGUAAUCCACCCAGCUCAACCUCCCAAAGUUCUGGGAUUUUAGGAGUACCACUGCGCUCUGCCAGUAUUUAAUACUUUAAUGUAUAUUCCUAAGAACAAUGACAAAAACCCUUGUACAGUUAUCAAGUUCGUUAAAUUUAACAUUGAUAUGAUACUUUUAUUUAAUCAACAAUACAAAUUCCAGUUUUACCAGUUUUUCCAAUGAUGCCCUUUAGUAUUAUUUUUCUCCUCUGUUACAGAAUCCAGUCCAGGAUCAUGAUAGAGAUACCAUGUCGUUCUUUCCCCAGCCUUUUUUUAUCCUUCAUGACAGUAACGUAGUUGAAGAUUAUUGGCAAAUUAUUUUGUAGAAUGUCCUUCAGUCUGGGUUUGUCUGAUACUUCCCCUUGAUUACAUUCUGGUUAUGCAUUAUUGGCAGGAAUAUUAUAUAACCAUUCUUUCCUUAUCAGUGCAUCAUAUCAGGAAGCACGCAGUAUGUAUUUGUUCCAUUAUUGGUGAUUAUUGGUGAUGUUAACUUUGGUCAGUUGAUUAAAUUGGUGUCUGCCAGUUUUCUCCUAUUGGGGUAUUCUUUUCCUCCUUGUAGUUAAUAAGCAUCUUGUAGGGAGAUUCUUUUUGUAAUUGUGAUAAAACAUAUGUAACAUAAAAUUUACCAUCAACGAUUUUUAAGGUAUAUUUCAGUGGUAUUAAGCACAUUUACAUUGUUGUAUAAUUAUUACCACCUUCCAUCCCCAGAAUUGUCUUUAUCUUUCAAAACUGAAACUCCAUAUCCAUUAAACAGUAUCCAUUGCUCCCUCCCCUCAGCCCUGGCAACCACCAUAGUACUUUCUGUCUCUGAAUUUGACUAUUCUAGGUACCUCAUGUAAGUGAAAUCAUAGAUUGAUUGUCUUUUUAUGACUGGCUUAUUUCACAAUUUAUCCACAUUGUUUCAUGUGUUAGAAUCUCCUUUUCAAGGCUGAAUAAUAUUCCAUUGUAUGUAUAUAACACAUUUUGUUAAUCUCUUCAUGCAUCAAUGGACACCUUUUGGCUAUUGCAAAUAAUCCUGCUAUGAACAUAGAUGUAAAAGUAUUGAACUCUGCUUUCGGUUCUUUGGAUAUAUACCCAGAAGUAAAUUUGCCAGGUCAUGUGAUAAUUAUUAAUUUUCUGAGAAUCUGCUGUAUUGUUUUCCAGAAUGGCUCCAUCAUUUUACAUUCCCACCAACAGUGAACAAGAGUUCCAAGCUGUCACUUCCAUGCCAACACUUGUUUUCUGUUUUUUUUUUUUUGUUCGUUUUCUAAUAGUAACCAUCCUAAUGGGCGUGAGAUGAUAUCUCAUUGUGGUUUUGAUUUGCAUGUCCCCCAACAAUUAGUGAUGUUGAGUAUAACUUUGUAGGCUUAUUGGCCAUUUGUAUAUCUUCUUUGGAGAAAUCUGUAGUCAAGUUGUUUGUCCAUUUUUUGAACUGGGUUGUUUGUUUUGUGUUUUGGUUAGUGAGUUGUAGGAGUUUUUUAUUUUUAGAUUUUUUAUUUUUUUUAGCUAAACUGAUCAAUACCAUUGUAGGAGUUCUUUAUAUAUAUUCUGGAUAUUAACUUCUGUAUUCUGGAUAUUAACUAUAUAUAUCCUGGACAUUAACUUCUUAUCAGAUAUAUAAUUUGCAAAUAUUUUCUUAUAUUUCACAGGUUGCCUUUUCACUAUGUUGUGUCCGUUGAUACACAGAAGUUUUUAAUUUUGAAAUGGGAGAUACUUUUAAGGAUCCUGUUGCUCAUUAGAUUUUGAUUAUUCUUGCUUGGCAAUUGAUUAUUCUUGCUUGAAAGGAUUAUUACUAUGUAGAAGUGGUGAUUUUCUAAUUCUGCCAUUCCUUCUCCAUAUGUUCAUUAAUCUGCUGUAAGGGAGAAUAUUUUCUUUUACUCUAUUUAUUGAUUUCACUGCCCAGAUUGUCCCAGAUUUGGCCAGUGGGAACUCUUUUAAGCUGACUCCUGUGUCCUUUUGAAAUGACACUUUUUGGGGAAUACAAUCCUGCAUCACCUAAAACAAUGGGGAUAUGCUCUGCGAAAUGUGUCCUUGGGCAAUUUUGUCAUUGUGCUGUCAUCACAGUGUAUACUUACGCAAACCUGAAUGGUAUAGCUUACUACACACCUACACCAUAUAAUAUGGUUUAUUAUUGCUAUAAACCUAUAUAGGAUGUUACUAUACCGAAUACUGUAGGCACUUGUAAGACAAUGGUAAAUAUUUGUGUAUCUAAACGUAUCUAACUAUAGAAAAGGUACAGUAAAAAUACAUUGUAAAAGAUUGUUUAAAUGGUACACCUGUAUAAGGCAGCUUCAUUAUAAUCUAAUGGGACCACCGUGUAUAUAGGGUCCAUUGUGGACCAAAAAUCAUUACGUGGUGCAUGACUCUACUUCAUUACUUUCUGGCACAGGAUGUUCCUGGUUUAUUUUAUGUUUUCUCUGCUGCAGUCCUGCAACUAACCAUUUCUCUGAGGAUCUCUGGUUUCUUUUAGUUGGCAAAUGCAAUUGUGAAAUGAAAAUCUGGGUACUGGUAUGUUCACUGCUGCUGGGGUAUAUGUGCUUCUAAGCCCUUUCAAUGGAUAGAGGUAGAUUUAGACGUUACUUUACCUGGGGAAGGUGGAAAAGAUCGACCUUUCAAGGUGUCAAUCAAAUUUGUCUCUCGGGUGAGUUGGCACCUACUGCAUGAAGUACUGACAGGACGGACCUUGCCUGAGCCACUGGAAUUAGACAAGCCAAUCAGCACUAACCCUGUCCAUGCCGUUGAUGUGGUGCUACGACAUCUGCCCUCCAUGAAAUACACGCCUGUGGGGCGUUCAUUUUUCUCCGCUCCAGAAGGAUAUGACCACCCUCUGGGAGGGGGCAGGGAAGUGUGGUUUGGAUUCCAUCAGUCUGUUCGGCCUGCCAUGUGGAAAAUGAUGCUUAAUAUCGAUGUUUCUGCCACUGCCUUCUACAAAGCACAACCUGUAAUUCAGUUCAUGUGUGAAGUUCUUGAUAUUCAUAAUAUUGAUGAGCAACCAAGACCUCUGACUGAUUCUCAUCGGGUAAAAUUCACCAAAGAGAUAAAAGGUUUGAAGGUUGAAGUGACUCAUUGUGGAACAAUGAGACGGAAAUACCGUGUUUGUAAUGUAACAAGGAGGCCUGCCAGUCAUCAAACCUUUCCUUUACAGUUAGAAAACGGCCAAACUGUGGAGAGAACAGUAGCGCAGUAUUUCAGAGAAAAGUAUACUCUUCAGCUGAAGUACCCGCACCUUCCCUGUCUGCAAGUCGGGCAGGAGCAGAAACACACCUACCUGCCACUAGAAGUCUGUAAUAUUGUGGCAGGGCAACGAUGUAUCAAGAAGCUAACAGACAAUCAGACUUCCACUAUGAUCAAGGCAACAGCAAGAUCUGCACCAGAUAGACAAGAGGAAAUUAGCAGAUUGGUAAGAAGUGCAAAUUAUGAAACAGAUCCAUUUGUUCAGGAGUUUCAAUUUAAAGUUCGGGAUGAAAUGGCUCAUGUAACUGGACGCGUACUUCCAGCACCUAUGCUCCAGUAUGGAGGACGGAAUCGGACAGUAGCAACACCGAGCCACGGAGUAUGGGACAUGCGAGGGAAACAAUUCCACACAGGAGUUGAAAUCAAAAUGUGGGCUAUUGCUUGUUUUGCCACACAGAGGCAGUGCAGAGAAGAAAUACUGAAGGGUUUCACAGACCAGCUGCGUAAGAUUUCUAAGGAUGCAGGGAUGCCCAUCCAGGGCCAGCCAUGCUUCUGCAAAUAUGCACAGGGGGCAGACAGCGUAGAGCCCAUGUUCCGGCAUCUCAAGAACACAUAUUCUGGCCUACAGCUUAUUAUCGUCAUCCUGCCAGGGAAGACACCAGUGUAUGCGGAAGUGAAACGUGUAGGAGACACACUUUUGGGUAUGGCUACACAAUGUGUUCAAGUCAAGAAUGUAAUAAAAACAUCUCCUCAAACUCUCUCAAACUUGUGCCUAAAGAUAAAUGUUAAACUCGGAGGGAUCAAUAAUAUUCUUGUACCUCAUCAAAGACCUUCUGUGUUCCAGCAACCAGUGAUCUUUUUGGGAGCCGAUGUCACUCAUCCACCUGCUGGUGAUGGAAAGAAGCCUUCUAUUGCUGCUGUUGUAGGUAGUAUGGAUGCACACCCAAGCAGAUACUGUGCCACAGUAAGAGUUCAGAGACCCCGACAGGAGAUCAUCCAGGACUUGGCCUCCAUGGUCCGGGAACUUCUUAUUCAAUUUUAUAAGUCAACUCGGUUCAAGCCUACUCGUAUCAUCUUUUAUCGGGAUGGUGUUUCAGAGGGGCAGUUUAGGCAGGUAUUAUAUUAUGAACUACUAGCAAUUCGAGAAGCCUGCAUCAGUUUGGAGAAAGACUAUCAACCUGGAAUAACCUACAUUGUAGUUCAGAAGAGACAUCACACUCGAUUAUUUUGUGCUGAUAGGACAGAAAGGGUUGGAAGAAGUGGCAAUAUCCCAGCUGGAACAACAGUUGAUACAGACAUUACACACCCAUAUGAGUUCGAUUUUUACCUCUGUAGCCAUGCUGGAAUACAGGGUACCAGUCGUCCUUCACACUAUCAUGUUUUAUGGGAUGAUAACUGCUUUACUGCAGAUGAACUUCAGCUGCUAACUUACCAGCUCUGCCACACUUAUGUACGCUGUACACGAUCUGUUUCUAUACCUGCACCAGCGUAUUAUGCUCACCUGGUAGCAUUUAGAGCCAGAUAUCAUCUUGUGGACAAAGAACAUGACAGUGCUGAAGGAAGUCACGUUUCAGGACAAAGCAAUGGGCGAGAUCCACAAGCUCUUGCCAAGGCUGUACAGAUUCACCAAGAUACCUUACGCACAAUGUACUUCGCUUAAAUAGUCCAAGUAUAUUCUCUGAGAGGAAGUACUGAAAGAUGAAUUGACAUACAACGUAUGUUUCCAGUGGAGUCAAUUGAGUAAGGACACCUCCAGCCAUACAGAAACCAACACUGUGUGGGGGCCAAGGUCUGAUCCUUAUGUUAAUACAAGGAAGAUUGUUUACUUCAUCAAGGAACACAGCAUCAUUAUGCAAUAUGAAACCAGCCAACUGCUUUUUGUGCGGUCUCCUAUAGGAAGUAUCGCAAUUGUUUUGUUUUCAUUUCUUGUAGUCUAACCCUUUUAAUGCCUUUACCUCAAGUUGCUUGGCAGCACAACUAUCUUUGCAAAAAAAAGUAAAGAAAAAGUAAAUGAUGGUUUAAAAAAUACACACCUUCAUGAAUAAUCAAAGUGAUUUUUCAGAAUUAUGUGUGCAAAAAAUUAAUGUGCAUUCAUAUAUUCUUGUAAAGGUGUCUGUGUAUUUUUAAAAUAUAUACAUCCAUACUUCAUAUGCAUAUAUAUCUAGAUCUGGAUUGAUAAUAGAUAUAUAUGUGUCUGUUAUAUAUUUUAGAGUUCAUUCCAUUGGGGAACUUUCUUUCCCUUUUAUUCUACCCCCACUACCGCCUUUAUUUCUCUAUUUCCCUUGCCUUCAUCACCUACAUUUUUUUCCCAGUCCUACCAGUGACAUUCAAAUAUUGACGUAUCUGGUUCGUUUGAAUAUAAAAUAUGGCAAACUAGAAUUCUACUUUUAUUUUGCAUACCGUACUCCUGAUUCCUAUCUCAUACACAAUUCUGAGUUCUCAACUCUUGAUAUUGCUGUCUUAAGAAACAAAAUUUUAUAUAUAUAUGUAUACAUACAUACACAGACACAUACACACACAUAUAUAUACAUAAAAUAACUUUCUGUGAGAGUGCAUCUCUCCCCUCCCACUCAGAACAUACAUUUACCAUUUGCGCAAUUUGUAUAUAAGCAGUAGCAACCUGAACUAUUCUUUUUCUUUUUUCUUUUUCUUUUCUUUCUUUUUUUUUUUUAAUGAGACAGAGCCUCGCUCUGUCACCAGGCUGGAGUGCAGUGGCGAGAUCUCGGCUCACUGCAACUUCCGCCUCUCGGGUUCAAGCAAUUCUCCUGCCUCAGCCUCCCGAGUAGCUGGGACUACAGGCAUGUGCCACCACACCCAGCUAAUUUUUGUAUUUUUAGUAGAGACGGGGUUUCACCGUGUUGGCCAGGAUGGUCUCGAUCUCUUGACCUUGUGAUCCACCCGCCUCGACCUCCCAAAGUGCUGGGAUUACAGGCAUGAGCCACUGCACCCGGCCUACUAUUCUUUUUCUUUAGUGAGUUUGUUAAAGCUGCUAUAAAUAUAAAACCUGUCAGAAGUUGUAACUUUCUCUCUGAUAAGUGAUGUGUAUUCUGAAGCCUUCUGUUUCUAUGGGUUAUACAUGGAAAUUCUUUAAAGGUUUUAUAAAGGGUAAAUAUUUUAAAAGAUUAGAGCUCUGUAGGGUUGAGACCUCUGAAAUUGAGUAGAGAGAGAAGAGUUUGUUGAGGGAUUUUUUUGUUUCGUUUUUUGAUAGUUUACUUGCUGCCUCUCAUACCUUAAUGUGAUUUUCAUAUAUUUUUUAUAUAUAUAUAUGUAUGUGUGUGUAUAUAAACACAUAUGUAUGUGUUUGGAAGUAUAGCUUCCUUUUAUAUUUAUUAGAAUAGUGCUUUAAUAAUUAUAGAAUUGUAUUGGCAGCAUCUUUUAUAGAAAUAUAAUCAUGUUUAUUUUAAGAACUGACAACUUGUUUUUGCUAUCUUUUAGUGCAAUAAGCAGUUUUAAAGGAAAGUUGUGUCUGCAUCUUUACCAUGGACAGUAGGAGGAACAGGCACCUCCAUAGUUUAAAAGGGCAAAGAAUACAGCCUUAAUUUCAGAAGGAAAGUUUUGUAAUUUUCAGUUUUAAAGCAUAUCUUUUAAAAUUCAUCAUGAUAAAAGGCUGGACGCGGUGGCUCAUGCCUGUAAUCCUAGCACUUUGGGAGGCUGAGAUAGGUGUAUCACCGGAGCUCAGGAGUUUGAGACCAGCCUGGCCAACGUGGUGAAACCCCGUCUCUACUAAAAAUACAAAAAUUAGCUGGGCGUGGUAGCGGGCACCUCUAAUCCCAGCUACUCGGGAGGCUGAGGCAGGAUUGCUUGAACCUAGGAGGCGGAAGUUACAGUGAGCCAAGACUGCACCAUUGCACUCCAGCCUGGGCAACAAAACCAAAACUCCGUCUCAAAAGAAAAAAAGAUCAUAAUGAAAAUGAAGUGUAAUUGCCUAAAUGAGUCCAACUUGAAUAUUAGAAAUAAAGUUGAACUUUUAUAUAAUUGUGAAUAGCUUAACAUAUUUAAAUUAUUUGCAAAUAGAUUGUGUUUAUUGAAGAAUCAUAUUGGCUAGAUGCCCAUUUUCAUUUACUAAAAUGAAUCAGGAAAAUGCAAGAUGAUAUUUUAAAACUUUUGCUAAUGUAUCACCAGUAUAACUUUCCUUUUAAAAUUAAGGUGAUAGUAACAAAGAAAGUUAGGACUUUGAUCAUUUUAAAUCAGUUAAGUCACUGAAAUGUGGGAAAUUGUUUUACAAAACUUUUAUUGAUUACACUUUAAGGUAUUAAAAAGUACUAUAAAGCUAUCAAAACUGAGUUUAUCAGUAACAUUGGAUUCAGGGGAGCUUUGCACUUUGUAACUCAUGAAAAUUGCAUUUUGGUUUUUUUUUUUUUUUUUUUGCACUGGUUCAGAGUAUAGAUACUACAGAUUGUUUCCAGUGGGCAUUGUUGUUAGCCUUUCAGAAUUCCAUCUGCACGUGAAACCUAAUGGAUUUAGAUCUUUAGUUUCUCUCUUACCUGUAAUCCACUAUUAUUGCCAAUUCACUGUAUUUUGAGCCUAAAAUCUGAGCCCAUGUCCUCUGACAGGCAUGAAAUCUUUUGUCCCUCUGCCAGAAAACUAAGAAAGUACUGUUUUUUGUAUGUUUAUUAUUUUGAAGUGUCUGAAAUGCAAUUUACAACACUGUUGCAAAGAACUUUACAAAAGGUAAUAUUUGUAUCAUAUAUACAUUUUUUCUCCCAGCCUUCUCCCAUCUCCUCCAGAAAAUUUUCCUAUAAAGAUGGAUUUUUUUACACUGAAAUUUUACUGAAUAUAGUCAGGAUCAUGGGCAAGAGAAGAAAAUAGUAUACCCAAGAUGAUAAAAAUUUAAUUCGUCUAUGCUUGAUCAGUGUGAGUAUAACAUCUUCCUUUAUCAUGGGAGCUGCACAGAUUCAUGUGGGAAACUUUAGGGAAUGACUGUAGAUACCCUUUCUCUAUGUACUCUCUCACCUAAUUUUCAGUCACUCAUAUAUGCUAGAGUGGAGCCCUUAAUUUAAAUCUAUUUGGAAGGACUUUUUUAAGAGGAAAAAUAUUUUUUCUAAAUUAUAAAGCUUUACCUUUUGAGUGAUUUCUUUUUUAGAGUGCUCUUACACUAGUCAGCAUUGCUAGUUUAAAGUUGAUUAACUUGAAAGAAUAUGUAUACUAUAUUUCUAUUUUGCUAACAAAUUGGUAUAUUAAUUACCAUUGGUUCUUAAUUACAAGAAAACUUGUGCUUAGAAUUUUAAGAUAAAAGGCUAAGUGACAAAUGCUUCUUGAAAUUUGUCCUAUUUAUUGUUGCACUUCUGGUGUAGAAUUUCUAAUCUUUUUUAUUUUAAAAAAGUUUUUUUUUUUAAGUUAAACAUGAAAUUCACAGUGACCCUUCUGCUCCUGCCCUUGCUCACUAACUAUAUCAUGAAUGCUAAAUUUUGGUCUUCUUUUUUCUAUGAUGUAUCUUACAAGACUGACUGUAAAAUGUCAGUCUGGCAACUAGAUAAUUGAUUUUCAUAUGAAGAAGAGUUGGGAGUUUAAUGUAUAUUCUUGAUGGUUAAUGUGUCUACAUAAAGUGCUGAUACAUGUAUUAUAUUACAGUAUCAGGUUACUGGCAUGGAGGACCAUACACUUACAAUAUUGUAGCUGCUAUAUUUAUUUAAGUAGAUUCUGACAGUUACUGCACUAAACAGUAAAGAGAUAAGCAGGAUUCAAGGCUAGUGUUAGACCCUUUUUUUUCCUAAGAGUAAGGACACGGAAUAUCAAAGUAACAAAGGGUGCUGCCAUUUUAGUUUCAAUUUAAUAUCAGGAUAUUCUUUGUUUUAGAAAUGUAGAUUUUGACUUUUACAGUUUGAAAAAGGGUACCUCAGCCUCUUCAGUACCGGUUUUUUGGCACAUUUCAACAGAAAUAUUAGAUUCCCUUUCUUUUUCUUAAUGGUGAUCUUCUAACAAGUUUCUUGGAAAAACUAUCAUUCUAAGGGAAAUCCCUGUUUAUAACCUAUUAAUAUAUUUCUAUUCCUAGAAGAGAGUCUAGCAGGGAUUCUAGUAGGAAUUACUGAGUGUUUUGGAAGGCACUUGAUAGAGGCAUCUCUGCUUUCCAGCACAGGGAUUCUCAGCCUUCUAAAGAUCUAGACCAGUUUCCAAGCUAGCUUCUCCACAGCCCACCACUGCCUAGUGUUUGCUUGUGUAUUCUCUAAUGGAUUUUAGGAGGAUAGGCCUUCUGACACACACAGUCAUGAAAGACUUAAGACAUGUCUAGGGAAAUAAAAGCUGACUUGCCCUUCAGCAGGAAUGACUGGCAGCGGAUCUCUGUGUUCAAGGAAAGGGUGAGCGCUAAGCAUGCCAGUGAUGGAUCCGAAGUAUUUAGAUGGAUUGCAGACCAGGAAUUAGAGACCGUUUGUGACUCAAGGAACUUGAUGGAUCUGUUUAGAGACCUACAUGAAUUUGCCAAGGGCAGUGAUUUUUAUGAAAUUCAAGAAGCAAACGACUUGGAUACAGCUAGAAUAUGUUGCAGUCUUCCUAUUUCAAACUUGAUUUUAAUAUUUUUACCAAGAAGUUUAACUGACAACUCUGCAAAAUUUUCAUUCAGUAUCAUUAAACCUGAGUUAAAUGUUUGCUUAGCUUAUCCUCUUAGAUGUUCUUCUGUUGAACAGGCAGGUUGCCCUUAACAGUAACUUGCUACUUAAAUUACCUUUUAUUAGUUAGUCAAGCUGCAAAAAUAUCAUUAGUCUGGCAUCUUUAUUUUGGCUUUAUCCAUAUGAAGUAUUCAUUAUUUUCAUUCUUUUUGAGAAUUCAUAAAUGUCUUAAAGCUUCAGUAAGAAUUGUUGGGAGGUUUGACAUCAAGUAACGCCUUCCUGUGUAGCAGUAUAACCCUAAUUUAGAACUCUUGUUUUCCUAUUUCAGUCCUCAUAUUUGAUCAUAGAAAAGCACUUUUGUGAUUCUAUAGGAGUCAAAAAAUCAGCCAAGAGUAGGUAAGUCAGUCAGCACAGAAAUCAGAAAGUGAGGAUUUUCUCCAAAAAAUCUUUUUAAAAAAGUCCUGCUUAUACUAAGAACAUUCUUGAUCAGUUGCAGUGUUAGAAAUGACACUGUGAUUAGUGAAAGCCAAGCUGAGUCCCAGGAAGCAGGGAGGGGGAGUGUGUGUGUGUGUAUGUAUGAGUGUGUAUAUAUAUAAUCUCACACACACACACAAAGGGAAAAAUUAUUUUGACUUUUUUCCUACUUUUAAAAUGGUACAUUUAAGUUUAUAAUUUUCCAUGUCAGUCAACAUAAUUUUUUAAACUAAGGUAUAAUGGUCAAGGCUUGUGCUAAUAUUACCUACUACUCAUUGAAAUUUAUAUUACUUUACCCAUCAAAACUAGUACUCCAGAUGUUUACAUCAUUGAUUAAAUCUCAAGAAUCUUUUGUUCUUAAAAUAUGGAAGUUAAAGAUUUUAAUUUGAAUUAAAGAUAGAAGGAUGGUAAAUUCAAUAUAGAGGGUUGAGAUUUACCAGUGAGAAACCCUGUUGAAGUAUCAGGUAAAUGGUGUGACAAAAUUAGAAUCCUGUCAAAUCACCUAUCCAGCCAUCGGGGUCCCUUCCUUUUUUAGACUAAUUUCUAAGGUAACCAGAAUCUAAUGUAUCUAUGUUAGGGUCUCAGUAAAGCAAAGACAUUUGUCAGGGCGUAGACUUGAGUUAAAUUUUUUAAUCAUUUUUUAAAGCAAGGCGGUUCUUAGAAAGUGCCUUUUCAGAAGAUGGUGCUGUAGAUUUUUAUUUUUCAAGUAGCACGAAGCUAAGAAUUUUAAAGAUAAAUUAUUUUAGAACUCCAAGAGUGUGACAGUUUCAUAAAAAUAAUGUUAGUUGUUGUCUUGAAUCUCGUCCAAGGGAACCAAGGAAAGCUUUUAUGCAGUAAAGUAUCUAGGUAAAUGCUCACCAAAUUUAUUUUGUAAAUUUGAAAACAAAAUAUUUAGUAGAAUUACCUCUUUUAAUUCCCAACUGUGUUGGAGGAAAUCCAUAAUGCGCAUAAAACAGCAAACCUACUUAACUUUUUAACAAGAUUAUGGGUAUAGUACCAGUGUCCAAAGGGAAAUGUAACUUGCCUGGAAUUAUAGGCAACAUUUUCUAAUUAAUCUUUUUUUUUUUUUUUUUUGAGACAAAAUCUUGCUGUGUCACCUGGGCUGGAGUGCAGUGGCUCGAUCUCAGCUUACUGCAAACUCCGCCUCCCGGGUUCAAGUGAUUCUCGUGCCUCAGCCUCCCAAGUAGCUGGGAUUACAGGCGUGCACCACCACACCCGGCCUGAUUAGUCAUUAUUAAGGAGGACUGCUCAUAAAGGCAGUACCAAAUCAUCAUUCAGAUCAGCUUAAGUGAGAAAGCAAAAUGAUGAUCUCUAUUGUUAGAGAAAUUUUCUUUUCUAGACACCAAGGAAUAUUUUAAAUGAUUUUUUAUUUUUUCUAGGAUGCAGGAACUAUGAAAAAUGAUGACAAGGCAUUUAAAAGGGUAUGAUCAGUUAAAUAGAAGUAGGGUGUGCAAAAUUGUGCUUAAGGGGAAAUAAGCAAAAGAAAGGAAAAUAGUAGAACCUUUCAUACUAAUUAGAAAUGUAGUUACCUACCAGAGGGCAAUUUUGCUCCAUACCAGGAAGCAGUAAAUAGCAGUAAAUGAUCACCUAGGCACUUCUUUCCUGUGAAUUUGGUGAGCAUUCUUCCAGAAAAGAAGACUAAAAGCAAACAACAACAACAACAAAAAAUACCACACCUCAGUAACCUUGUAUGCUGCAUUAUAUAAUAAUGAUAGUAAAAUUAUAUUGUUUGGAGUGUACUGUGUCUGUUUGCAAAUAUACAUGCACAUUAAACUUUUUUGUUUUUAUAAUGUCUUAAUAGCAAUUAUGAGUUUAUUUUUGUUAAGAUUAAUUUUUCUAUUGUGAUGUUUAUAUUUAUUGGCAAUUUGUGUGCAACUUUUAUAUUUUGCUUGUCGGUUUUAAGGUAUUUUAUUUUUAUAGAUAUUUCUAGCUUUCCUCAUUCUUUGUAAUAGCAGCAAAGAUUAAGAUGGAGUGUUAAUAUACCAACCAAACUACGAAUUCCAUAAACUCUAGAGUUUGGAUUUUUACCAAUAAACCAUUAACACUAUUUUGUAACUUAGAAUAUUUAAUGUUGUUUAUAUAGUGGGCAUUAAAGACAGUCUUUAGACAGAUUUCUACAUGUGGAGGGGAGGUGGGGCUUUCCUGUAAGUUUGAUCCUUUUUUUCCCCUUUAGUAGCAAACUAACAUAACAGAUUGGAUUUAUUUUACCUGACUACAGUUUUGGGGAAACCUGUCAAAUAAAUAAUUGUUACAUGCCUUUUUUUUUUAAUUUAAGCACAUUGAAACUGCUUAAAUGGUCACAUUUUUCAGCAUUAGGAUUAAGAUACCAUUUUUGUAGGCCUGGAAAACAAAUAGCAAAUGAUUCAAAAUUCAUUGAAUUGAAUUUGAAAUGAAACUUUUCCCCCAUAAUUUGUUAUAUGGAAGAUUUGCUACCCUGAUCUUUUCCCUAGCAUACUUCUAAAGUUGAUUGAAUCCCUGAGUAUCAAUGAAGAAAUCAGAGUUUAAGUGGCUAGUGAUUAAUAGAGUACUUCAGCUAAUUAAAAAUUUAAAUAGUAAUAAUUUAUGAAUGUGAAUAAAUUGGAAGGCAGUAAAAAGAAUGAUUAUAGAAUAUUAAGUUCAAUUAUAUAUAGACAGUCCAGUUUCCUAGUGAAUAGGUCAAGAUUAUUUGUUUUGUUUUGUGGCACUAUCAUAGUUCACUAUAACUUCAAACUCCUGGGCUCAGGCUAUCCUCCCACCUCAGCCUCUGAAGUAGCUGGGACUACUCGCAUGCGCCACCAUGCCCAGCUAAUGGUUUUUUUCUUUAGAGAUGGGGGUCACUAUAUUGCCCAGGCUGGUCUUGAACUCCUAAGCUCAAGUGCUUCUCCCACAUCAGCCUCCCAAAGUGCUGGGAUUACAGCCAUGAGCCACUGCAUCUGGCCAAGAUCAAGAUUGUGGAUAUUGGUAUGUUAACUUUUAAAAUAAAAGUACAUGGGCUGGGCGCAGUGGCUAACGCCUGUAAUCCCAGCACUUUGGGAGGCCAAGGCAGGCAGACCACCUGAGGUCAGGGGUUCCUGACCAGCCUGGCCAACAUGGCGAAACCCUGUCUCUACUAAACAUACAAAAAUUAGCUGGGCAUGGUGGCACAUGCCUGUAAUCCCCGCUACUCAGGAGGCUGAGGCAGGAGAAUUACUUGAACUCGGGAGGCGGAGGUUGCAGUGAGCCAAGAUCGCGCCAUUGCAUUCCAGCCUGGGCAACAAGAGUGAAACUCCAUCUCAGAAAAUAAAAAUAAAAAUAAAUAAAAGUACAUGAAAAAAGUAUAUUCCCUUAAGCAGGUAAAAUACUUGCAUUGUAUUUUUACAUCAUGAAUUUGCUUGUUAAGAAAUUUCUUUUCUAUAAGUGGUUAAAAGAUAAACUGUAUUCCAUCCUCUGGGUUUUCAACUCUAAAUUAUUGGAGCUCAAUGUAUGACAUUUUACUGUAGUGUAUUCCACUGAGAGGCAAGGAAAUGGGAAAGUGUCAGGUAAUUAUAAAUGGGAGAAUUUUAUUUUUAUAUGAUGUAAAGUUUUACAGUUUAAAAUAGAUCAGCAUGUGAUUUCUUGUAGAGAUUAGCCAUUUCAUUUCUUUUUGCAUUUUUGCCAGUUACAUUAGUUUGCCCUAUGAUAUACUAUUCUGAGAUACUUCAGCCCCCCACACAUCAAGUACUAAUUGUAUACAGAUAGUACAGAUUUGUACUCUGAUUAUAAGAAUUUGUUACUACUAAUUAAAAGCAAAUUAAUGUGGCUGGGCGUGGUAGCUCACACCUAUAAUCCCAGCACUUUGGGUGGGCAGCUGAGGCGGGCGGAUCACGAGGUCAGGAGUUGGAGACCAGCCUGCCCAAUAUGGCGAAACCCCAUCUCUACUAAAAAUACAAAAAUUAGCUGGGCGUGGUGGCGUGCCUGUAGUCCCAGCUACUUGGGAGGCUGAGGCAGGAGAAUCACUUGAACCUGGGAGGCGGAGGUUGCAGUGAGCCAAGAUUGCACCACCGCACUCCAGCCUGGCAACAGAGCAAGACUCCAUCUCAAAAAAAACAAACAACAAAAAAAAGGUGCCUCUGGUCCUGUGUUUUCUUUUUCCUUCUGAAAGUUCAUAGAAACCUGGCAUAUAGAGCUUAUUUUGCUGUUUUAAUUGGUUAGCUCCACAAAUCCUGCUACCUGACAUCAGUACAGCUUGACCGCAGUGAAGUACUUGAUGGCUUGUUCAUGUUUAGUUCACCUCUUUAGAAAGAAAGCUUUGUGGCCAGGUGCAGUGGCUCACACCUGUAAUCCCAACACUUUGGGCAGCUGAGGUGAGCAGAUCACCUGAGGUCAGGAGUUCAAGACCAGCCUGGCCAACAUGGCAAAACCCUGUCUCUUCUAAAAAUACAAAAAUUAGCCGGGUGUGGUGGCAGAGGAUGCAGUGAGCCAAGAUCGUGCCACUGCACUCCAGCCUGGGCAACAGAGUGAGACUCUGUCUCAAAAAAAAAAAAAAAAUCGUUGUGCAGUAAUAGAUCAUCCCAAAAAAGAAUUGCCAUGAACAGCGUUAUGUGUAGAAAACAGAUGGAAGUGUUGGUCAUUAGAGCCUUGCUUUUUAAAUUUUAUUCUUUCCAAAAAUUGGCGGUAUGCUAUCUAUAAUUUUAUGUUUGAUGUUGAAGAGGCAACACCAGAGACUAGAGAGGGAGAUUACUCUGAUAUUUAGUGCCUAAAACUUUCAUCUUGGCCGGGCACGGUGGCUCACACCUGUAAUCCCAGCACUUUGGGAGGCCGAGGCAGGCUGAUUACCUGAGGUCAGGAGUUCGAGACCAGCCUGGACAACAUGGCAAAACCCGUCUCUACUAAAAAUACAAAAAUUAGCCAGGCAUGGUGGUGGGCGCCUGUAAUCCCAGCUACUCGGGAGGCUGAGGCGAGAGAAUCGUUUGAACCUGGUAGGCGGAGGUUGCAGUGAGCCGAGAUCAUGCCACUGCACUCCAGCCUGGGCGACAAGAGUGAAACUCUGUCUCAAAAAAUAAUAAUAAUUUUAAAAAUAAAAGACAAAACUUUCAUCUUUAUUUCAUGACUUUAUUUCAUCUUUAUUUCAUUUUUGGUUGGGAAAACAAACAAAAAUCUCUUAAGUUAGUCCUUUAAUAGUCUUUUUAGAACCAAAGAAGGAAAGACUGCAAAAAUGUUGCAUACGUGACUCUUUAUUGUCAGAAUCUGUAGAAACUGGAGGUCUUUGUAAAGAAAUAGACUAGUAGGAUUGUGAGAAUAUAUAGUGAGGGGGGAUUUAGGAUAAGGCUUCCUUGCUGGGAUCCUUGGACAGAAACCUUACAAUUGUUUAAUAUUUGCAGAGUAAAAGAGCAGCUAUUGCUAUUUGAACCUACAGAAGAGACCUAAGACGAGCGUCUCUGUAAUCUAAAUUUAUAUGAUAAUGUUGUCCCAGACCCAAAGGCACACCUAUUCUCAGUAACUUAGAGAAGUCUUGGAAGUUGCUUCUGAAUUACAGUAAAGAAAUUAAAUGAAGUCUUUAUCCUUAAAUAGGGCCAGGCAUUGCUAUCAACAUAAUGUCUUUGGUUUUCCCCUUUAAAUAGAAAACACCAAGCAGGGCCUUUCCAGACAAGGUAGUCUUUCCUGUAAAGAAAAUGGUUUUGGUGUGGGAUUUGGUAAAAACACUGGUUCGUUUAUAAUGAAGAAAGAAUUUUGGCAUAGACAGUCCAACCCAGUUCAUGGAUACAGUUUGAUCCCAGGGAGUUUAACAAAAGGAAGCUUUGGUUUUGCUAGCAACAGACUUGAUCUUCUAUAGUAAUUAAUUGCAAUUAAGGUUUUCCAGGAGCUUUCUCAUUUCUUAGCCCAGGGUCCAACCCCGUUCCCUCUUUAAAAAAGAAAGAAUAGGCCGGGAGCAGUGGCUCAUGCCUGCAAUCCCAGCACUUUGGGAGGCCAAGGCAGGCGGAUCACAAGGUCAGGAGUUUGAAACCAGCGUGGCCAAUAUGGUGAAACCCUGUCUCUACUAAAAAUACAAAAUUAGCUAGGCGUGGUGGCGGGCGCCUGAGGCUGAGGCAGGAGAAUCCUGCUAGUCUGAAUUACAAUAAGGAAAUUAAAUGAAGGAUUUAUCUUUAAUAGAGCCAGGCAUUGCUAUCAACAUAACGUGUUUGGUUUUCCCCUUUAAAUAGAAAACACCAAGCAGGGCCUUUCCGGACAAGGUAGUCUGGAACCCAGGAGGCGGAGGUUGCAGUGAGCCGAGAUCCCACCAUUGCACUCCAGCCUGGGUGGCAGAGUGAGACUCCGUCUCAAAAAAAAAAAAAAAAAGAA